CGAUCUCUCACUGGCGAUAUAUAUGCGUAACUGUCAAAGAAGAUUAUUAUCGUCUGCCCAGGCGCGCGCAUCCGUCUCGUGCGCCGUUACAGAGUGACAUCGCUUUGAUCUUCAGUCAAAAUCGUCGACUUCUAAUUGUCCCCUUUGGAUGGGUAUCCACCUUGAACAAACCUGAAUGAAAAUCUCUCGUUUGUCACAAGUUAAAAUUUGAAAGUAUAAGUUUCUCACCGAAAAUUGCUUGUUAUGACAGAGGAUAUAGGGCCAGUUUAUGAAGUGAUAAAUAAGGCACCUGCUUACAAACUUUCUUUGCCAUUCAAGAUCUCCAAUUUGGCAGACCUUAGAAACCAAAGGUUGUCAGUUAUUUGAGAUAUGCUAAUCGUAUUGAUGAAGGAGUUCGAUUUGUUUUUCCCACGGUUCUCUUAUAUUUAACAUCGAUUUUGAGCAUAUCUUAAACUAUAUAUAUUCUUGAUCAUUUAAACUUUAUUGAAACUUAUUUCUGUAAAUAGCAAUUUCUUUUUUCUUUCAGUUUUUUUUUUAAAACAACUAUUUAUUCUUUUAGCAGUGGGACUAUGUUGUUUAGUCAACAUAUGCCACAUUCUUAUAAAUACACCAAGUAAAAAGGAAUUAAUUACCUCUGUGCUUCUUUCUCAUGAACUUUAAGAUCUUGAUCAAUAAAUAUUUACUAAACUCUACACACACAAAAAAAACAACAACUGGAAUAUGACCAGAUGUCAUUUCACCGCUUUUCCAAACGUCUUUAGCUCUGAAGUCCAGCACGAGCAUUCGCGUGAGCAUCGCGCGUGCUUCUUGUAGAUUUGACGAAUAUAUAGCUGGCUCAUCCGAUUCAAGUUACAGACGGUUCGUGCAUAGUGCGAGUGAUUUUUUUUUUAAAGAAUACCAGAACACACGUUAACUAAUCAGUGAUCACCAACAUAAAACUUGCACAAGUUUGUUAUGAAAAAAUACAGAUGAUCACUAAAUGACUCUACGUUUUUAUACAUCGUACGCAUGAGUGGAAGCGCAGUGGCGAAGGGUCUCGCGUACGACCAACGAAAUCUCGGACCAAUAAUUCCUCGAUGGUGUAACAUAAUCGCGGCACUUUAAAAUUAAAUGGAAGCACAUCUAGAGCAAUGAGCGGAUUUAAGUGCAUUUGGAGAUUUUUCACAAAUUUCUUUAGUUUUCACGAUAUCAUUGUCAUUCUUGAGUGAAGUGAAAGGAUUUAAUUACCAUGUUUAUGAAAAGUGGAAUAUAAUUUUUAUGUAUUCUUACGAAUUUACGAAAAUAUUCAGAUCGGGAUUUGCGAUCUUUUAUAUUAUCCAUAGGAAUGGUUUUAGGGGAAGCAUCGCAAUCAUGUUUUCAGCAGAAAGAAAGGUUUCACCAGGUAUUGUUAAUGAUUAACAAAGAUUUCAAUUUUCUGCUAUCAUUAGUUUUGAGAAAAAACUAUGUUCGUGUUUUGUUUAAGUGUGUUGCUUGUAACUGUGAUUGAAUUCUGUGUUGGAUCGGGCUAUUUUGAAAUCCAAAUUACCACUAUCCAGAACCCCCGGGGUGAGGUGCUUAAUGGUACCUGUUGUGACGGGCUGAGAAAUGUGAACGGUUCUUGUACUGAUGAAUGUGAUACUUUUUUCCGAGUUUGUCUGAAGGAAUAUCAAAGCCGGGUAACUUUCGCCGGUUCUUGUACCUUUGGAAACAAAACCAGUGCCAUUUUGGGAGGGAACACCUUUACUUAUCCCCAGGAUUACAACAGAACAAGACUAAAGCUACCCUUUGAAUUUGCCUGGACGAGAUCAUACACACUUAUACUGGAGGCUUGGGACCAGGAUACAAUGGCUCAUGGUGGUCAGUUGAUCGAGAGGGCUGCCCAUUCCGGAAUCAUCCUGCCUGGUCAAGACUGGCACACAAUCACCCACAACGGUCCAACUGCCAGCCUCAUUUACAGAAUCCGUGUGGUUUGUGAUGACCAUUACUACAACACCACCUGCACCAAAUUCUGUCGUCCCCGAAACGAUCACUUCGGACACUAUAACUGUGACAGAAAUGGAGACAAGGUGUGCAUGCAAGGAUGGAUGGGAAACAACUGUGAAAAAGCCAUAUGCAAGACAGGGUGCAGCCAUGGGUCAUGUGACUCCCCAGGAGAGUGCAGGUGCUCCUAUGGAUGGCAAGGUGCUCUGUGUGACCAGUGCAUCCCCUACCCCGGCUGUAAGCAUGGCUCUUGCAAUGGUUCACCAUGGAGCUGUGUUUGUGACAUGAACUGGGGAGGAAUACUCUGUGAUAAAGAUCUGAAUUACUGCGGUCGUCAUCAUCCAUGCCAGAAUGGAGGGAUAUGUAAGAACACCGCCCCUGACAGUUAUGAGUGCACAUGCUCUGAGGGAUAUUCUGGAGUCAAAUGUGAAAUUGCUGAGCAUGCAUGUUCCACCCAGCCUUGUAAAAAUGGUGCCAGUUGUAUCGACACAACAGGGGGCUAUAUCUGUACCUGUGCCCCAGGCUGGACGGGGGCAUUCUGUGAAGCCAAUGUCAAUGAGUGUGCUUCAGAUCCCUGUCUCCACGGUGGUACAUGUGUCGAUGACGUUAACAGCUACAGGUGCUUAUGUCCCCCGGGGUGGGGAGGCGCUCACUGUCAGCUGGACUCAGAUGAGUGUAGUGGUAGUCCUUGUGUAAACGCACACUCAUGUGAGGAUCUCCAAGGAGGAUACAAGUGUCACUGUCAGCUGGGCUGGACUGGGAAGAACUGUGACAAGAACAUUAAUGAUUGCCACCAUCAAUGCCAGCAUGGAGGACACUGCGUGGAUCUGGUGAAUUCCUACCAUUGUGCCUGUCUGCCAGGCUACACUGGUCGCCACUGUGAGACAGAGAUUUGUGAGUGUUGUAGUUCACCAUGCCAGAAUGGGGCCACAUGUCACGAACAGGUGGCUGGUUACACCUGUGAGUGCCAGGUGGGCUACACCGGAUUCAAUUGCCAGAUUGAUGUGGAUCCCUGUCAUCCUAAUCCCUGUAUGAAUGGGGCUAGUUGUUUCAAUGUCCAGGGGGACUACUACUGUCACUGCUCAGACCACUGGGAAGGCAGGCACUGUGAGAACACAAGGUCAACAUGCUCAUCAGGGUCAUGUCAAGUGAUAGACAGUUGCACCAUCGCCCUGCAGUCUAACCAUACCGAGAUGGGCGGGGUACACCUCAUCUCCUCCAAUGUGUGUGGGAGGUAUGGCAUGUGCAUCAGUAAACCUGAUGGCGGUUUCACUUGUGCAUGUGACCUUGGAUUCACAGGGACCUAUUGCCAGGAGAACGUAAAUGACUGUAAAAAGAAUCCAUGCCUCAAUGGGGGCACCUGCAUUGAUGGCAUCAACAAUUACCAGUGCAUCUGUAGAGAGGGGUGGGAAGGAGUUCACUGCAACAUCAAUAAGAAUGAAUGCUCACCGAAUCCUUGUCGUAAUGGCGGCUUCUGCAUCGACUUGGUGGCAGAUUUUGUCUGUGAAUGUAUCAACGGCUGGAAGGGCAAAACAUGCACUCUCAGAGACUCUCAGUGUGAUAGAGACACAUGCAAGAAUGGCGGCACCUGUAGUGACCUGGGAGAUGCUUUCACCUGUAACUGUCCCAAGAAAUUUGAAGGCAGUACAUGCCAACUCUCCUCCAUAAAAGCCUGUGACUCCUCCCCCUGUCACCACGGAGGGACCUGUGUGAACAGCGGCGACAGCUUCACCUGCAUCUGUAAGGAUGGCUACGAGGGACCGUUGUGUGAGGCCGACAUCAAUAACUGUAACCCAUUCCCAUGUUACAAUGGUGGUCGCUGUAUUGAUGGGAUUAACUGGUACAGGUGUGAAUGUGCCAAAGGCUUUGCUGGGCCUGACUGCCGUGUCAACAUAAAUGAGUGUGCCUCGUCGCCCUGUACUUUUGGCAGCACCUGUAUUGAUGGUAUAGGUGAUUACAAAUGUAUCUGUCCACCUGGUCGUACAGGAAUGAAGUGUGAGGAGGUUGUAGGACAGGUCCCAUCUCCGCUUUCUUGUGAAUUCAACCGCAGGAUCUACUCGGAUCAAACCACAUGGGAACAUGAGUGCAAUUCUUGCACCUGUUCCAAUGGCGUCAUUAGAUGCAGUAAGAUUUGGUGUGGACCAAAGAACUGCAUCUCCCAUCAGAACACCACAGAACCCCUGCAGGUGUGCAGCCCCCUGCAGUCUUGUGUAGUGCAAACUAAACACAACUGCUUUGUUCCCCCUUGUCUUCCCUGGGGUCAGUGCAAGGAUCUGGACAAAAUCAAUGACCCUCUCCCCCAAAGCAUCAACACAAAAUGUGUUCCCAAUGCAGCAGAACUUGGCAACAAUUGUGCCAAAAUCACUCUUAUAUUUGAGCUCAAAAAGAUGCCAGUGGGCAUCACCGUAGAAUUCAUCUGUGACACUCUGCGUGAAUUCUCCAUGAUACGAGAAUUGUCACAUGAUCAAAAGAUCUACAUUUUAUGUGGGAUCCAGUCUGCUCAUCCAGACACUAUAGAAGUGCUCAUAUCCUCUGAGAGUUUGUCGGGACAAUCUGAUGAACUGGACCCAGAAUUGAAAUCUGCAGUCCAUAAAUUGACCAGUAUUAUCAGCCACAAAAAAUCCAACAGCAGCGCCUUGUCUGCAGUUAUCGAGGUCACCGUGGAAACGAUUGUUGUCAACUCUGCUGCAAAGUCAGAAGCAGGGUUGGUCAUUCCACUCGUGUGUUCUGUGAUUGGAUUAGUGGGACUUCUAGUGAUUAUUGUGUUAAUUGUGUGCCACGUCCGUCGCAAGAAAGUGAUUGCCCGGAGGCAAGCAGAGGCAGUGUAUGUAGAACAGAAAACAAACAAUGAAAAUGAAGAAAACCUUCGACGAUACAAAAACCCAUUGUAUGCUGGAACGGACAAAGGUGGAGGGACAAGGAAAGUUUCUGCAUCCGAUUUUCAUGAAGUGGAUUUAGAUAAAUGUGAAAAUUUAGAAAAAAGUCCAACAAGGUUACUCAGUGGGCGAUCGGAUUCGCCGAACGAGUCCAAUGAUUGGAACAAUUCUAGUCCUCCAUCUAAGACCAUUAAAAAAGACAUCAAUAUUGAAAUUUCUCGAUCCAGAGCGAGAGCAAGGGCUGCAGAAAGGGAACUCAUAGAAAUAUCCCGAACUAUUGCUGCAGACUUACGGUCAGAAAAUGAGGUCAUGGUGUGACCUUUGACCAAUACUGCAGGAGUCAUGGAUCCAAAGUGUGUUUAUAAUGAAAUUUGUUUAUAUUUGUGAACUUUUAGCAGUAAAUGAUGGAUCUCAUUUUCCCCUCUACUCUGUGCCAUGCCUAUACAAUAAGUUGUAGCUAACGUAUAAUUCAACUUAGCAAUUUUCUGGGUUUGAAUUCUUUCCCUUUGGAUCUUUUUAUUUGAUUAAAUGCUUUUCUACUAAAUGUUACUGGUCAAUGUUGUUUGCUAUAUACCUCUUGCAGAGAGGAAAAAUGUACAAUGAAUGCUCAUUUUAUUUGUCCGUCCCAUCAGAAAAAUAGUGGAAUAUCAUUUUUUUAAUUUGUUGAUUUGCUUUCAAAAUGAGUAAAUUUCUGAAUCAAAAACAGAAGACAGUGUUUGUCUAACCACUGUGAAGUUUGAUAGGACUUAAGAGUACUUUAGAUAUGGGGGUAGAACCCAAAUCUCCCUAUUGUAAAAAUAUAUAUGAACUGUUAAUGAAUCCUGAUGGUGUAUUUGCCUUGAAACCCAAGAAAAAUGAAACUCAAGAAAAAUUUGCAAAUUGGACAUGAAAAUAGUUUCAGUUUAAUUGCAAUUAUCAAGACUACCAUGAAUGAUAUAAAUACCAGCACCUCUUUGAUAUGCAAGAGGUAUUGAUUAAUUGCACAAAAAAUAUAUUGAAUGAAAGCAUUUCAAUUUGUGAAUUUUUUUUCAAAAUAUGAUGGCAUGGCACGUGUCCUAUUCUCAGGUAAAUUGUUACAUUUAAUCAAACUGUUAAAAUCAAGUCCUGAUGAUAUUACUAGAAAAUGCGCACAAUAUUAUGUAAUCUUUCCUCUACCUAAAACACAGUAUUUACCAUGGUAAUUCUAUACCUAAAAAAGAAAUCGGAGAUCUUUCAGACAACUGCUGCUAACUGAAAAAAAAGGCAGCAAACUUUAUAUGCAUCACCAAUCACCUGGCCACCAUCACUGUUAGAUCUAUUAUAGUAAACCUAUACCACUCAUAGGGCAACCAUACAGUCCAGUCUUUCUUGUAGUCAACUUCAUUGCCUCAUCUCGAGCAAUCAAAUAUUUAUCAUUUGAUUUCUUAAAGAAGAAUCCAUUUUUAUUGUACAUCAUCAUUUAUAUAUUACUUGGAAAAGAAAAACAGAGCCUCAGUUUAUCAUUAUUUUGGAAUGAAAUGCGUACACGUUAGCUCAGAUCACGCAGUCUGCUUCUGUGCUUUAUGGCAGGUAUUAGUUUGGUUUGGUCCCCACACACCUUUUAACUUUUGUGCAUUUUUUGCUGGCAUUUAUGCAAUUUUCAGUCUUGUAGCGCUUGGCAAUUACCAUCAGAAAUCUUCACCGACUUCCUCCACACACUUGACAUGUCCGCACACAUUCUUCUAGAAACACGAUCAACAUACUCAUGUUUAUAUUUUAUACACAAGUUCCGAAGCUCAAAACACUCAAAAAAUUAUUUAUAUUUGCAAAAAAGUGCUAUUUUCUAUUAUUUUUUUUUAGUUUUAAUUUACACCAAGCACCAUAUUUUGUUACUUCUUUUUCAGCUUUGACAGUAUUGCGUAAAUCCUUUUUACACUUAUUACGUAUAUAAAUCCUCCCAGGGUUUAAUGCAUGUAAAUAGGGGCUUUCCAAUCGUGUUUGAUACACACACAUUUGUGCAAUUUUUUGUUUUUCUUUGUUGUUUAAUUACAAUGUGAUAAAUCUUUCCAUUAAUAUUUAGACAGUAGUAUCAUUGAUGUUAUGAAAACUGUCACAAGGAAAUGAGCCAUAUCUUUUAAUACGUAAUAAUGUAAGACAUGUAAUUUCAAUAUAAAGGAUAUGUCAAUUUUUUUCUGACAAUUUCCCUGUGUCAUUUGAUUUUUUGUAUGUAAGCUGCAUGUAUGUGACAAAUAAAGUCAAAAACGUCAAAAAAAGAAUAAAAAUGUGAUUCAAAACUUGAA